AUGUCUCGAACUAUUAUACGACGAAAGCAAGAUCCAAGUAAACAAAAUGAUCGUACUGAAAGAAUGGGUUCAGUUGUUUUUUCAGCAAAAGAUGAUAAAAGUAUGCAUAAAUCAUUAAAUGGGGAAUUUAUACUUUAUCAAGUAUUACUUCAACAAAUACUCGAUGAUAAAGAGGCGUUAUUAACAAAUGAAUCUUCACUUUUAAAUUAUUUUGAACCAGAUGAUAUAGGCGACAAGAAAGUAAUGAAUGAAUUUGAUACAAGUUAUAAUUCAAAAAAAGCAAUUCAUUGGUAUACAAGAGAAUCUUGUAUUUAUAAAAUUUUAAAUAAAGCUUUAAGAACACAAAAUAUUGAUGAUGUUAGCCCUUUUUAUUCAUUUAUUAGAGAUUUAAAUGGACAAUUAGGUGAACAACAUAAAUUAUUUGUAAAACAACAAACAACAUCAGUUAUUAAAGUUUAUCGUGGACAAUUGAUUAGUAAAGAUGAAGUUAAUCGUCUUAAAGCUGGUAUAGGACAAUUUAUUUCAAUGAAUUCAUUUUUAUCAACAAGUACGAAUAAAAAAAAAGCGUUAGAAUUUGCAACAAGUCGAGCACCACCAAAUGAUAUAGUAACAUCGAUUUUAUUAGAAAUAACUGUUGAUUUAAAUGCUAAAUCAAAACCAUAUGCUGAUAUAAGAAAUUUAAGUGCUUUUUCGGAAGAAGAAGAAAUUCUUUUUAUGCUAGGUUGUAUUUUUCGAAUUGAUAAUAUUUAUUAUGAUGAAAAAAUAAAACUAUGGAUGGCUAAUUUAACAUUAUGUUCAGAUGAAGAUCAAGAUAUGAAAAAUCUUUCAUCAUCAUUAGAUGGUCAAUUAAAAGGACAAAAUCAAUUAAUUGCAAUUGGAUACAGUUUUAUUGACAUGCUCAAAUAUGCUGAUGCUCAAGAACUUUUUGAAAAAAUUUUAAAACAAAAUUUAGCAAAAAAUGAUAUUGAACAUGCUUAUUGUUAUCAUGGACUUGCAAAAGUUAAUGAAAAACAAGGAAAUUCUAAUUUAUCUAUAGAACAUUUAAACAAAGCAUUAAAUUAUUUAUCGAAAAAUUCAUCAAAUGAUCAUCCACUUAUUUCACAAUGUUAUAAUGAUUUAGGAUUAGCUUAUUCGAAUCAAAAUAAUUAUGAAACUGCAUUUAAAUUUUUUGAUAAAGCAUUACAGAUAAAAAACAAUAUUUCAUCAGUAACUUAUUCGAAUUUAUCACAUGUUCAUUUUCAAAUGAAACAUUAUCAAUUAGCAUUAGAAUAUUUAGAAAAAUCUCUUCAACAUCAAUCAAAUACAGAUCUUGUAUCAAUGACAAAAACAUAUAUUGAUAUGGGAAAAAUUUAUACUGCAAUGAAUAAAAAAGAAGAAGCAUCGAAAAUAUUUGAUAAAGCUUUAAAAACUCAAAUUAAAGAGCUUUCACCUGAUCAUCCAGAUCUGAGUUAUACAUAUGCAGAAAUUGGUUUAAUGUAUUCAGAACUUGGUGAUCAACAAAAAGCUUUAGAAUUCAUUGAAAAAGCUUAUAAAGUACAAUGUGAAACAUUACCAAAUAAUCAUCCCGAUUUAGGUCAAUCUUAUAAAAAUUUUGGUAAUAUAUAUAUGAAACUAGGUGAUUUAGAUAAAGCACUAUCCUAUUAUGAAAAGUUAUUAGAAAAUCAAUUAAAAACACUCUCAUCAAAUCAUCCAUCAGUUAUUGAAACUUAUUAUAUUAUUGGAACUGUCUAUUGGAAAAAAAAAGAUUAUAAUCAAGCAUCAAUUUAUUUUAAUAAAGCACUUGAUGGUGAAUUAGAACGAAGUAAAGCUGGAGAUUCAUCAUUAAGUUUUGCGUAUAAAAUUCUUGGAAAAUUUUAUUAUGAUAAAUAUCAUACUCAUUCAAAUAAAAAUGAUUUAAAUAAUGCAUUAAAUUAUUUCCUUAAAUGUCUUGACAAUGAAUUAGAAACGAAACCAAAUGAAGAUAAAUCAUUAAUUAUUUUAUAUGAAUUUAUUACUGAUAUUUGUUUUAAAAACAAUGAUUGGAAUCAAUUAUUAGUUUAUAAUAAUCGUUUACUUAAUUGUUAUUUACGAAAAACACCAUUGAAUCAAUCAAUGAUUAAUCGAAUUUAUACUUUAAUAGGACAAAUUUAUUUAAAAAAAUCUCAAUUUGAUAAAACAAUAUUAUUUUAUAAAAGAUUUGAAAAUGUUCAAAUGAAAGAUAAAACUCGAUUGAUUGAAAAUAUUAAUUUUGAAAAACGUCAUUUAGAUCAAUCGUUAAAUUAUUUUCAAAAUUUUCUUAAUAAACAAUUAGAAACUCAUUCAAAAACGGAUCCUGUACUAGCAAAUACUUAUUAUAUAUUAGCAAAUAUUUGUUAUGAACAAGAAAAUUUUAAUAAAUCAUUAUAUUAUUUUAUUGAAUUGUUAAAUAAUGCAUUAGAACGAAAAACAGUUAAUGAUCCAACAUUAGAAAAUAUAUAUAAAGCUAUUGCUACAAUUUAUUUUCAACAAAAUAAUUAUGAUAAAUCAUUAAUUUAUCUUUAUAGAUUACUUGAUUGUCAAUUAAAAACAAAAACAAUUGAAGAUUCAUCAAUAAUGAAUACCUAUGUUAUGAUUGGAAAUAUUUAUUUAAAGAGAAAUUAUUUUGAGACAUAUUCGAAUAAUUCUCAUAAAAAAGUAUCGAAAGAAAAAUUAGAUAAGAAUAUUAAAUCAAUUGAAAAUGAUACUCAAUUUAAUAAACAACAUUUAAAUCAAGCGUUUGUCUUUUUUUAUAAUUUACUCAAGAAAAAAAAUGUUAAUUUGUCAUUAUGUGAUAUUUAUACUAUUUUAGGUUAUAUUUAUUUGGAUAAACGAGACUAUUUUGAAGCAUUGAAUUAUUUUGAAAAAUUACUUUAUAAACAAAUUGAAAUUUAUAAAUUUGAUUAUCCAUCCGUGGCUCAUACAUAUUUAAUUGUUGGAGAUAUUUAUGAUAGAAUUAGUUUAUUAAAUUCAAGGAAGUAG